GUAUGACCCAGAACCGGUCAUCAUGCAGGAUCUCAGCUCACACUGAGCAUAGUACUUCCUUCGCAAAAAUGAUAUCGGAAAGCCACGCGCAGCAUUCACCCUCAGGCUACCGCUCAUUUAGCCGAACCGAAUGCUUAGCCGUUGUCUUACUAUGUGACGUCUCUUACGAGAAACAAGUUGAGAUCGACGACUGGACACAUCAGAAUGGUGUUCACUUUAUCUCAGCGGAGACUCGGACCCGUGGUCUUUUUGGGCACGUGAUGGCUACGACUCCCUUUUUGAUCAGCUCCGUCACAGUCUUCAAUGACUUUGGUCCAAAACUUCCUUGCGUGGAUCCUACAGGCGAGCAAGCUCUUACUGGAAUGAUUGUGUCAGUGCAAAAUAAAUGGCAGGACAAGGAAGGGCUGGUAACAUGCCUCGAUGAUGAAUCAAGACACGGUCUUGAAGAUGGCGUCACGUUCACUGAAGUGCAGGGAAUGACUUAA